AUCUCUCUCUCUCUAGCUAAUUGAAAAUGGCAGAGCCACCGCCGUCGUCUCUCCACCAUUUCGUCGGUCCUUCAUCAAAACAUCGAUCAUCCAACAAGAAACACUCCUUCUCCGGACCUCAGCAUCCGACCAUCCACCGUCUCUUCCCGUGCCAGUACUGUCCCCGCAAGUUCUACACCUCCCAAGCUCUCGGCGGUCACCAGAACGCACACAAACGCGAACGCGCCGCUGCUCGUCGCAACCUCGGCGUUGUUUCUGAUCAUGCUCCAAACAUCCUCGACGACGCCACUUUCCUUCUUCCAUACCCGUGUAUUUACCCUAACCCACCUCAAGUAUCGUCCUGGAGCAUACCGGAUCAACAGACGGUGACGAUGGUGAGUGGGUACGACCCGUAUCCGUAUCCGUAUCCUUAUGGGUAUUAUACGUUUGAGGUUUCUGGCGUCAUGGAAGAAGAAGAAGAAGAGGAGCCACAGCUGGAUCUUUCGCUCCGUCUCUGAGUGCUUUUCUGUUUUUAGUUUGUUUUGUCUUU